AUGCGAUACCUGACAACAGUGCAGGCAAACGCCUCCCCAGCCCGCCCCGGCCGCUCCCGCUGCCGCUCCCGCUCCCGCACAGCCCGCCCCGGCCGCUCCCGCUGCCGCUCCCGCUCCCGCACAGCCCGCCCCGGCCGCUCCCGCUGCCGCUCCCGCUCCCGCACAGCCCGCCCCGGCCGCUCCCGCACCUCCCGCCCCGGCCGGGCGGCUCCGGGCCCGCCCGUCGCGCCGCCGCGGGAGAACCCGCCGCUGCCCGCUCCGCUCCGCCGGCCCCGCGGCUCUGGGGCCGCGCUGGGUCCCGUGGCUUGGCUGCCACGCAACAAGUGCUUUAAGCGGCGCCCGGCGGCCCCGUGGCUGUGCGGGGUCACCUGCGCGCCCCGGCGGAGCGCGGCGCGGCCGACAUGCCGUGGCACCGCGCGGGGCCGCUUCCUCCUUCGCGCCGCGGCGGGCGGGCCGCCUGGGGCCGGAGCUGGGCAGCGCCGCCGGGCCCCGCCGCCGCGCGGGCGGCCGAGGAGCCGCGGAGGCACCGCCGGGGCCCUGCGGGAGCGGAGGCGGGACCGGCAUCGGGACUUGGCGGAGCGCGGAGCUGCCGGCAUCAGCCAGACGUCCUUCCUGGAAGCCGCCCAGCCCCGCGCGGGGAGCCGGGCCCGCGGUUCCCGUCUUGCCAUGGGGAGCAGGGAGCGUUUCCAGCACACGGGCACCAAGAGGAGCGUCGGCCGGGGUCCGGCGGCCGGGGCUGGGGCUGCCGGUGGGCUGUCUGUGGGCCCGGGCAGGACUCGCAGGAGGGAGCUGAAGGACAUCGUCUGGCAGAGGAGCAGGCCCAGCAGCACCGCGCACGUUGCCGCGGCUCACGAGACGCACGACGGCAGCGCUGGCCUGGCAGGGACGGCACAAGAGCGGAAGCCCAAGGAGAACCCCGAGGUGCUGCCCCUUGCCCUGGAUCCCCUGGAGCACCAGUGGCUACUGACGGUGGCGCAGGGCGAUGCAGACAGCAUCAUCAGCCUGCUGGAGCUGGAUCCCAGCCUGCUCACCAGGAGGGACUUUGUGACGGGCUUCACCGCGCUCCACUGGCUCGCCAAGCACGGCCACCACGACCGCUUCAUCCGGGUGGUGUCCCACGCCCAGAAGAAGGGUUAUCCCCUGGACAUCAACAGCCCCACGGCCAGCGGUGGGCUCACCCCUUUGCACCUGGCUGCUCUGCACGGCCACGAGCUGCUCAUCAAAGUGCUGGUGGGAGCCUACGGGGCGGACACCAGCCACAGGGACCACAGCGGGCACAAGGCUUGGCACUACCUGCGGGCAGACACCUCCAGGGAGCUCAAGGAGCUGGCAGGGGCCUUUGACGAGGACUUGAUCCCUCUGGGCUCUCACAACACCAACAACAACUCCAAGUCAUCCCGAGAGCCCAGAGUAGGGCAGGACUGUGUGGACUUUGGGGCCGAUGGGAGAGCCCAGCGCUCCUGGGGCCUGUCGACCCUCCGUGCCUCCGUCAGACGGGUCUUUCCCUUCUUCAGAAACUGAUGAAGCUCCCCUGGACCAUUUGUCUCCCAACGUCAGCUGGAGAGCAGCUGGGAGAGCCCGCAGGGAGCUGGGAACGUGGUGAGGGCUGGCUCUCCAAGUCCAGGUCAGGGGGAACCUUUGGGCACGGCAGCGCCGCGGCCACUCCGGGUCUCAUGAGAUCUUUUGGGGCUGCAACAGAGGGAGCGCGUUUGAGGCCACCACAGCCAUGAGGACAGCUCUUCUAAACAAACACCUGUCCUUGGGUGGGGUUUGUCUGCUGCCCUAGCUGAUGAGGACUCCCUACAGCUGACCUCCUCAUGUACGU